UGGGCAUAUAUAUUCAAUAAUGGCCGAGCUACUUUUUCCACAACUGGAGCGUCCUUUGCCUACGCUGCCAUCGCUGCACUACACGCUGUUUGCCUACAGGGAGGAGUUGCGACGCCGAGAUGCCCCGUUCAUGAAGAUGUCCACCAUCAAACUGCACCUCACGGACAACCUCAUCCUGCAGACGAUCAAAAACAUCCGGCAGUACGACACCAUCGAGAUUAUGAAUCUCAACCAGGAGAUCAACUUCAAGCGGCGCCUCACCAAGCAAAUGAGGAAGGUGCGCAAGCUGGAGAAGCUCGGCUUGCAGAUCGAUCCGCGGAAACUCAACGAGAAUGGCCAAUGGCACUGAGGUCUGAUUUAGUGGAACUCCAGAACCUAAGCUUCUUACUCAAACUCUAUCGUAUUCAUACACACACCCAACUAUUCUUACAUACUCUGAGCAUGUGAAGUUAGAUCGUAAGCAAAGUCUCUUCAAGUUUCUAAAACUCUAUAAGCCAUACUAACCAUACUAAGUCUAUCAGUUUUGAAAAUAAAUAAAA